UGCGACACACGUAUCGUCGACGCAACUUUAAAUUUCGAAUCGCUUUGUGUAAUCUCUUCUCCGCUAUCAUAUCUUCUAUUUCCUUCGAACGACUAAUAACGACCGCGCGAUCAUGAAAAUCGCUGUGAUCGGCGCCGGAGCCGCGGGACUCGCUGCGCUUCGGCACUGCGCUUCCGGGGAUCAAGUGGUGUGCUACGAACAAACAGACCAAAUCGGCGGGACCUGGGUCUACCGGGAGGAAACUGGCUCCGACAGAUACGGCUUGCCAGUUCACACCAGCAUGUACAAAAGCCUCAGAACCAAUCUGCCGAAGGAAGUAAUGGGCUAUCCCGAUUUCCUAAUACCGGAGAAACCCGAGAGCUACUUGUCCCGCACCGAGAUAUUAGAUUUCCUGAACGCGUAUUGCGAUCACUUCGCGCUGCGCUCUUGCAUUCGGUUGCUGCAUCAUGUGGAGUUGGUGGAGCCGGUCGUAGGAGACCGGAAGUGGUCGGUCAAGGUCAGAGACUUGCAGAAGGACGCUGUCGUGACUGAGUCGUUUGACGCGAUUAUGGUGUGCAAUGGUCAUUAUUUCGAGCCUCGAAUUCCGGACAUAACUGGUCGGGAUAAAUUUCUGGGCGAAAAGAUUCACAGCCACGACUACAGAGUUCCCGAGAUUUUCGACGGCAAAACCGUCGUUGUUUUGGGAGCCGGUCCUUCCGGUAUGGAUUUGGCGUUGGAGAUAUCCAAGAACGCGAAGCGCGUGAUUCUGAGUCAUCAUCUGAGCGAGACCGUACUCACCGUGUUCCCCGAGAACGUUGUACAGAAAGCUGAUGUGGUGGAACUGACGGAGCGCGAGGUAAUUUUUGCGGACGGCACGAAAGAACAGGUUGACGUUGUCUUCUAUUGUACAGGUUACAAGUACAGUUUCCCCUUUCUCGCCGAAUCUUGCGGAGUACGAGUGGAUUCCAAUAUGGUUACACCCCUUUGGAAGCAUCUGGUAUCUAUAGAGAACCCGACCCUGGCACUAGUGGGUCUUCCUUACUACGUCUGCGCCUUUAGCAUGUUCGAUUUGCAGGUGCGAUUUGUCCUACGACACUGGCACGGCGACAGGCAGUUUCCCGCGAAAGCGGAUAUGCUACGCUCCGAAGCUGAGGAAGCGGCUAGACGCGCCGAGAAAGGUCUGCAGAAGAGACACUUUCACAUGAUGGGCCGCGAGCAAGGUCGCUAUUACGAUGAUCUGGCGAACACGGCGGGCAUCGCGUCUCUACCGCCCGUGCUUACGACCGUUCACAACGAGAGCAGCACGCGCUUCCUGGACGAUCUGGUGAAUUAUCGUCAAGAUCGCUACAAAAUCAUCGACGACUUCAAUUACGUUCGUUUUCGACUGGGUGAUGAGCGUUUCCUCGAUCUGCGAGUGGAUUCAGUGCCGACGAUCGGUCCGAUGGGUGUAGCGGGCUGGACCACCGUUGCUGGAAUCAUGACGAUUACUGGUGAACGUAUCGUCGCGCAAGAAGCGGAGCGAGAAAGUCUGGACAAGGAGAUAUUGACGAUCAGUGGAAAUAAUGGCGAUAGAAUUCCGCCGACUUAUUUGUACAAUACGGGCUCGGAACAAAGUACGGGAACCUCGGACCAAGAACAAAAUACUCAGAAUCGCGCUCCGGCCACGGAAGAUCAAUUAGGCCCAUUACCACCUAAUUGGGAGAAGGCAUACACGGAUACAGGAGAAAUUUAUUUUAUAGACCACAACACAGGCACGUCUCACUGGUUAGAUCCGCGUCUGUCGAAGUUUCAAAAACGAUCUCUGGAAGAAUGUCUCGACGACGAACUGCCUUACGGUUGGGAGAAGAUCGACGACACUCUGUACGGCACGUAUUUCAUCGAUCACGUGAAUCGUAGAACUCAGUACGAAAAUCCGGUCUUGCAAGCCAAAAGGGCGCAGCAGAACUUGCUCGAGAGAAAGAGUCCCAAUUUUACUAGAAAUCCCGAUAAACUGAAGGGCCAGAGAAUACGGACCACUCUGAUAAAAAGUUCAAGGGGUUUGGGAUUUACUAUUGUCGGGGGCGAUGACACCGUAGAGGAAUUUCUUCAAAUCAAAAGCGUCGUGCCAAACGGUCCAGCGUGGUUGGAUGGAAAACUACAAACUGGGGACGUCUUAGUGUAUGUUAACGAUACCUGCGUGCUAGGAUUUACGCAUAACGAGAUGGUAAAUGUGUUCAAAUCGAUCGGUAGCGGCGAAACUGUCUCAUUAGAAGUGUGCCGAGGUUAUCCGUUGCCCUUUGACCCGAAUGAUCCUAACACAGAAGUUGUGACUACGAUCGCCGUCAACGCGCCAGAAGAUCCUGCGAUGUAUAUGGAUUUGAAUUCGUCUCUACAAGACAACGGACGAUUCAACUUCCUGGACUCCACGUUCUUGCCAGUGCACAGUCUGCAGAACGGCGAGAAUCUCGCCACAACGUCCGUUAAUUCGAUGCCUGACCUCUGCAUCUCGGACAAAAUCAACACAAUCAAAAGGCCGAGCAGCACAGAUAUUUUGCUGUCGGACAGCAAUGAUUUGAACGACUGUAAGGACUCACCGGUGCCUUCCAAGCCAGAAUUUCUUAGUAUCGCAAUCGUGAAGGGCGCAAUGGGAUUUGGAUUUACGAUAGCGGACUCAGCUCACGGUCAGAAAGUCAAGAAGAUCUUGGAUCGUCAGCGUUGCAAGAAUUUAAUGGAGGGCGACAUUUUGGUCAACAUAAAUGACAUCAACGUUAGAAAUAUGUGUCACUCGGAAGUGGUACAAGUGUUGAAGGACUGUCCGCGCAGCGAGGAAGCGCUGAUAUACGUUCAGCGAACGACCACGAAAUCGAAAGAGAAAAAGGAGAAGAACACGCAGGAUUUCUUCAGAAGUAAAACACCCACCGCGGAUAUUUACAGCACGCAGUCGAAAACGGUGAUUCCCAGCAGACCGAAGACACCGCUGAUCGACACCAGAAAUCGUCCCAAAUCGCCGACCAGCGCGAGUAGAUCGAACUGGAACGAGGUGUCGCAGGGCGAAAACGAGUUGAAUCCGCUGAAUAAUCACUACAAAUAUUCCGACUACUCCCACGGGAUGUAUUACUCCGACUCGUACAAAGCCAACAUCACGGCUAAUUUAUCGGACAAUUUCACAGUGAUGAAUCUCAACGACGAUACCAUGAGAAACGUGCCGAAGCGCGACUGGGCUACGAACGAAAAGCUGAACAUCAACAACGACAUGUAUUCCAUUGACAUCUCCCAUCACGACAACAUACUCAAGCAAAACGGAUACUUGCACUCUGAUUUCUAUAAAGACGUUUAUCCCGUUCAGUCACAUUCCCAGUACAGUGAAGAUUACAAUGUGUACUCAAUCGGACAAGAACAGAACGUUGACACGGGCGAAAUCUGGGACAAACGGAAAGAAAGCACCAGUUUCGAGCACGAACAGCCACAUUCCAGUUCCAUUGCACGGUAUCCUCACUACACAAACGAAUUAGUCUGUCCAAUGGUUCCUGACAUAGAAUGGAUAGAAACCGUAGUGACUCUGGUUAGGCAAAACAGUGGAUUUGGAUUUAGAAUAGUAGGUGGUACGGAAGAAGGAUCUCAGGUUUCGGUCGGUCAUAUCGUUCCUGGCGGAGCAGCUGAUCUCGAUAAUAGACUUAAUACCGGCGAUCUGAUCAUGUCUGUCGACGGAGAGAGCGUCAUGAAUUCUUCUCAUCAUCAUGUAGUGCAGCUUAUGAUAGCGGCGGCGCAAAACGGGCGCGUGACCUUGGGAAUACGACGACGAAUCAACACGCAGGAACACCUUCAAGAGACCUUCCAGCCUUCCUACGGUCGGCAAAUCAAUCUUCAGUAUCCGUACGACGUUACCGUCACGAGAAUGGAGAACGAGGGAUUCGGUUUCGUAAUAAUCUCAUCCGUCAACAAGGCCGGUUCGACAAUCGGUAGGAUAAUCGAAGGCUCGCCCGCAGAAAGAUGUGGUAGAUUGAACGUCGGAGAUCAUAUUCUUGCUGUCAAUCACAUAGAUAUCACCAAUGUUUGUCACAAGGACAUCGUCAAUUUAAUUAAGGAUUCUGGCUAUUCGGUCACGUUAACAAUUGGAUAUCCACUUGACGACUGUUGUAGCAAUACGUCUCUUUCCCAAAAGGAUGAGCCUGCAGGAGACGGAGAUGGGGGCCAGUAUCACGCGGUGGAAUUAACUCGAGGCACCCGAGGAUUCGGCUUUAGCAUACGCGGUGGCCGCGAGUUUCAAAACAUGCCGCUGUUUGUUUUGCAGAUCGCUGAAAACGGUCCGGCUUGUAUCGACAAUCGGCUUAGGGUCGGAGAUCAAAUAAUCGAGAUAAACGGUAUUAAUACCAAAAAUAUGACGCAUACCGAAGCGAUUGAGAUAAUACGUAACGGUGGACCAUCUGUUCGUCUGUUAGUACGACGUGGUUGUCAAAUGCCUUCAGUGAGUAAUCUCACAAUCGACCAAAUAAGUAUUCGACCGAGCGAUGAGUGCAUCCCGCGCAGACAUUUAUCGAAAUUACCCGAGACGGGUGUGUCCCCCAAAAAGCGUCAGAAAAUUCGAUUUUCCAUUUCAUUGAAUUGCUGUUCAUCUAAACACAGAUACUUAUGAUCGACAAUAUUGUAUUAAGUGUGCGUUAUCGACUUGCAUUUCUCGAAACAACAAGCGAUACAAGAUUAAGUUAAUGUGUAUUGAGUGAGUGCUAAAAAAGUUUUGUAAGUAAUUUUGUUAAAAAACGAUUUUUUUGGUUUGUUUUUUUCAUUCUGCCAAGCAAUCUCCAUUAGUUUUCAUUAUCUCUCUUGUUGUUGUUGUACUUGGUAGAAUGAAGAAAAAUCUGUUCAUUUCGUUUUUUAAGAAAAUUAUCUGAUCCCAUUUUUCUAUCUCGAAAUUCACUCAUCCAAUAUUCAACGUUAAGAUAUAGAAGUUUAUUUUACAGAGAGGCACGUAUUCAUCGCAUUUAUAUUUAAAAAUGCAGUGCACAGACUGCUGUUUACUUUUUUUGUUUUUUUUUUUUUGAGGAAAAACAAACGUUUAAGUAAACAAUUACUUUUACCAUUCUUCAUUUGCAAAAUUCAUAUAGAUUCGACACAUACACACAUGCAUAUAAUCUCAAUAUAUACAUAUAUAUAUAUAUAUAUUUAAUACAUAAUUUUGUAAAUUUGAUGUGUUUAUAUCGUAUAUUCUAGAGACUUGGGUAGCUGGCGGCUGUACCUCCAUAUAUAUACCAUGAGGUGAUAUUGUAGACUGACAAUUUAUAUAUAUAAAUUCAUAAUGUUCGUUCUUUAUUUUUCAAUAAUGGUUCAACAAUGUAAACUUUUAAACUAUUGCGCCCCUAUCGUGUUAAAAAAAAAAAACCACAAACUAUAAUUUUUUAGACAAUGAUUCGUACAUGUGCGUACUUGCGUGCGUGAGUGGCCUUAAAAUGUUAUAUACUUUUUAUGUGAUACGUGAUAGGAGAUGAAUCUUACGAGAAGAGAGAAUUAUAAACAAUUGUUUGAUAUUUCUUGUACAUGACAAAAUUAGAUUGUUCUCGAAAUCAAUUCGAAGAAGAGAGAUUCUGAUAAUUGCCUUUUCUUUCUAAGUAUUUAUACGCGCGAGAAAUAUGUAUAUGUAUAUCAGUAAAAUUAAGGAUUUAUGCAACCAAAGAAGCACUUAUCAGCCAUUUUUCUUUUAGAGAGAAAGAGAGAGAGAAAGAUAGAGCGAGAGAGAUUACCGUAAGAGGAUUUAUAUUAUUGAUCAUUGAAUCUUCUUUUUUUUCGGCAACACACACAAUUGUUUUAUCAGUCACAACGCUUCUGUCUACUAAGGAGACAAGAAGCAAAAUUGUGAUGAAAGACAUACAGCUUGAUAUUGGAGCUUUCCUUGUAUUUCCUCUUCCUGUCUUUUCUUCAAUAUUUAUAAGAACUGUGUAUGUUUAUAUAUAUAUAUAUAAAAGGAUAUAACACACACAUAUAUAUAUAUAUUUUUUUACUUCUAAGAUAUUAAGGAGAAUAUUGAAGAUGUACGAGUAAAAAUAAAAAAAAAAAAAAACAAGAGACAAAGGUAUAAAGACUAGACUAUUGUAUUUUUAGAUCUCAAGAUUUGAUGUAAAAGUCUGAUUCUUUUUUUUUUUUCAAUCAGACUUUAUAUAUCAGAGAGAAAGAGAGAGAAGAGAGGGAGGAGAGAGAUUUGAUUGAUCUUGUUCAUUGUGUAAACUUGACGAAUGAACAAUUCAAACAGGUGAUAAGCAGCAGCAUUUAAUCAGAUCGCAUGUAAUACGCAUUUUAAUUUUUUUUUUUAAUCGUCUGUUUAUAUUUUAAUAAUUUAUAUACAUAUAUAUACGCGCGUAUAUACAUGUAUAUACAUUUAUAUAAAAAUAUAUAUUUGUAUAUUAUGUGUGUAGAAUGAUAAGGGAUUCGUAUAAAUGUACAUACUUGUGUGUGUUUUGUUUUUAAGACUCCGCAGGAUAAUGUGUUAAUAAUUUAUGAAGCUAUAAUAAUAUUGCAAACCAAUAAUACGUGUGUCAAUUGCGAUUACGUUGAACUAAGAAACAAAUCCAAAUCUCUUUCACAUCGUUCUGCUUGUUUUCUUGACAAACAUGUGUAACCGAGAUAUUACUUUUUUUUUUUUUUUUUCAUUUCCGCUCGUGUCAA